UUGUUACCAGUCGUAUUUCAGUUUCAACUGUUUUCCACCUGGGGAGAUCCUUACUACGUCGGUCUUAACGGCCUUGAAUUUUACGAUGAAAAUGGCUACAGACUACGCCUUACGGAAAACAACAUAACCGCGCAUCCUCACAGUGUGAACGUUUUACCAGGAGUGGUAGAUGAUAUAAGAACUCCUGACAAGUUGAUAGACGGUGUGAAUGACACUUACGAUGGACGGCACAUGUGGUUGGCUCCCAUCUUACCGGGAUUGGUGAGGACCGUUUGUGUUAGUAGUUAAGUGAGAACUCCCGACGUAGAUACAUGCAUGUGAACGUGACUUCAUUGCGUGAAAUCCCGUGUGGCAAAGUCGCGAACUGGCUUUAUUUUUGCGUCCCAUUAUAAAGAACGUGGCACGAGUUUCUAUUUACAGAGCGACCUGAAGCCAAAUAAAUGCAGUUGGGGAAUGUUUUCGACAGCUUACAGCAUGCAUAUUUUUUUGUUAAAUGAUUCCGAAACGAUACUCAACAAGAAAAAAAAACUUGUUAGGAAAAUACGAUGCUCAUCGUGAUGAUUCUCUGAGAUCAUGUGUAUAUACUCUACACUUAGCUUUUAAAAAGUUUUAGUUUUCUGAUCGUCGUUUUCAGAUCAAUUUGAUUUAUGUGGUGUUCGAUGAGCCCGUAACAGUUUCCACGGUAAAAGUUUGGAAUUACAGCAAAACACCCAUCCGAGGAGUUCAGCAGUUUGGGGUAAGACUUGUAAUAACACUCUAAGAAUAUGAGUGUCAUUCCAAUUAUGGUUUGAAAAAAUUUCCUUUCCCUAGUCGUGGACAGUCCAUGGACAGUUGCUCGCUGUUACCCAUUACCAAGGAAUGGAACUAACAGCAAAAUGUAUCGCUUAAGAUGCAUUUGUUCAGAAAUUUUGACCGAGGAAGAAUAAUGACACAAAUAACUUUGGUCAUUUGUCCCAGCUUUGGCUUUUUCAGGGUUCCGAGGGUCGUUGGAGAGGCUGGGAAAGUCAAGAAUUUCCGUUUUCUUACUUUAAGAUCAGAAAAUGUAUGAAUGAGAUGUGGGUAAUAGAAAGUCAUGGACAUGGACUAAAAUGUUGGGAGGAGGGAACAAAAUACUGGGUCGUGGAAGUCGUAAAAAAUGUAACAGGUCAAGUUAUAGAAUUGUAGAAACUCCAAAGAAUACGAAUACCCCGUUUUUGUACACAUUGUUUCAGUUUUGGGAAAUACUAUUCGCCUGGUCAUACGCUGCUAGGAAUCUUAAAAUCCCUGUCAUAUGAGCUUGAUCUGAAUUUGACGUUGUUGUUUUGUUAGCUGUAGGUCGAUGACUUUUUAGUGUAUCAUGGUAUCUUACCACAAGUCCCGGCUGUAACCAAAGGAAUUCUUGAUCUGAAUUUGUUGUUGUUGUUGUUUUGUUAGCUGCUAGUGGAUGACUUGUUAGUGUAUCAUGGUAUCCUACCACAAGUCCCGGCUGUAACCAAAGGAAUUCUCCCCAACAUAGACAUGCCUACUCCACACCACACGAUACUGUUCACUGAUCACGAAGAGAUCGCUCUUGCGGAACGCAAAAAUGUUCUCAGGUGAGCCAGGUGAAACCUAUUAGUGAUCAGCGGUGUUCAUGAAAUAAACGCUACAGUUGGUAUUAUUCCCGUUGCAGAACUUGUUAGGAUGAUCAAAAUAUCAUUGUCCUCGGUAUCGUUUUAGGUGCUUGUUCCGACACUAUAAGCACAUAGAGCUGUACUUGUGUCUCUACUAUCUCAUUCCCAACAACAAAAACAUCGAUUAAGUACUGGGAAAAUUUAAUGGUGUAUUUGUGAAGGAAAUCAGUUAAACAAAAACGCCCAACGAAACAGCAAAAAAUGCCAAAUAAAGGUAAAUAUGGGCAAUUUGAAGACCAAGGGCGCACGCUUUGUCGUAAGAAAACAAAUUCAACGUAACUUUCAUUUUCUUUCAGAGAACAAAAGCGUUUAUUGUAGUUGCAUUGGUGCCAUGAAGUUAUUCAUGUGCGAAGUACUUGUCUCUGUCAAGCACUUUUAUGUGCCAAAUCUUGAAAAGUCUCGCGACCGUUUUUUUGUCUGGUUUUAUUUUAGCAACAAAGGAGGUGGACAAGAUAUCCAGCUGACAAAUGAUAAAAGAAUUGUGUCUCACUAUAGUGAUCCAAAGUCAGCCGGCAAAGUCGCUGAUCCUGGUACGUAACAGAGACGUAGACUGAAAUAAAAGGAUGGUAAAUUCAAUGUGGGAAAACUUUCUUUCUAAUUUAGAGCCAAGGUAAUUCAGGUUAGCUCCAAAAGGGUUCUCCCACGGGUGUGGUCCUUUCAUUAGUUAUGUAAACUCUGUCCUCGAAAAAACCCUCUCUAGAUCAUCAGAGUUCUCUUGAGGUGCCUGAUUUUGAAUUGCGCUUGAAUAAACUUUACCUGACUCUUUAGUAUAGACAUCUUCUCUAAUGGUUCUAACAGAAUUUAAUUGCCUGUUUUGUAAAAUUUAAAUGUCUUGUACAUCGGUACUGUUUCCUUUACAUCUUCUUUUAUAUGCAGUAGCUGAGUGCUGUCUUGCUAUAUUUUCAGCUCUGCGACCUAUGACAAGUGUUCCAGCUCUAAAGAAGAAAAGAUAG